AGCCCUUUCCACCACCUGGGCCAGCAGAUGCAGGACAUCUUGGGCGAUGGAGAGAUCCUGAAGGAAGUGGUCCAACCUGGAGAAGGCCCACCAGUGCGAAGAGAUACAUUUGUGUCAAGCACCUUCAUAGAAUACUGCAUUCUUUAGGUUCCCUUACGACAGGGGUCUCCAACAGGUCAAUCGUAAGCUACCAGUAGCCCGCAGCCCACCUAUGAGUAGCUCGCCAAACAAUUCUGAAAGUACAUGCAAUUUGACCAGUAUCAGACACUGCAAGCUCCCAGCUACGAUCUAAUCCAGUGUUCCCCAUGACAUGGACUCAGAACUUCCAAUUUCGUUGUUUCUCCAUGAACAAUUGUAAUUUUGAGAGUUUAACAAAAGUAUCUAAAACCUGGAAAGAUAAAACUGAGAGAACAUAAUUUGGGAAAAUAUAAAACAGAAAACAUAGUGCACUACUUUCUCUUGUUCACUACUGACCCAGGGAAGAGUUGCAGGGGAGAUGAGAAGAGAAGAAGAAUGUGCCUAAUUGAAAGUUAGACAUUUUAUUGUAGCUCAUAACAUGUUAAAUUUUUUCAAAGAAGCCCUCAUGCUAGAAAAGGUUGGAGACCUCUGCCUUACAAUGUAGCCUAAAGCAUACAGUGAGGGAAAAAAGUAUUUGAUCCCCUGCUGAUUUUGUAUGUUUGCCCACUGACAAAGACAUGAUCAGUCUAUAAUGUUAAUGGUAGGUUUAUUUGAACAGUGAGAGACAGAAUAACAACACAAAAAUCCAGAAAAACGCAUGUCAGAAAUGUUAUAAAUUGAUUUGCAUUUUAAUGAGGGAAAUAAGUAUUUGACCCCUCUACAAAACAUCACUUAGUACUUGGUGGCAAAACCCUUGUUGGCAAUGACAGAGGUCAGACGUUUCUUGUAGUUGGCCACCAGGUUUGCAUACAUCUCAGGAGGGAUUUUGUCCCACUCCUCUUUGCAGAUCUUCUCCAAGUCAUUAAGGUUUCAAGGCUGACGUUUGGCAACUCGAACCUUCAGCUCCCUCCACAGAUUUUCUAUGGGAUCAAGGUCUGGAGACUGGCUAGGCCACUCCAGGACCUUAAUGUGCUUCUUCUUGAGCCACUCCUUUGUUGCCUUGGCCGUGUGUUUUGGGUCAUUGUCAUGCUGGAAUACCCAUCCACAACCCAUUUUCAAUGCCCUGGCUGAGGGAAGGAGGUUCUCACCCAAGAUUUAACGGUACAUGGCCCCGUCGAUCGUCCCUUUGAUGCGGUGAAGUUGUCCUGUCCCCUUAGCAGAAAAACACCCCCAAAGCAUAAUGUUUCCACCUCCAUGUUUGACGGUGGGGAUGGUGUUCUUGGGGUCAUAGGCAGCAUUCCUCCUCCUCCAAACACGGCGAGUUGAGUUGAUGCCAAAGAGCUCGAUUUUGGUCUCAUCUGACCACAACACUUUUACCCAGUUCUCCUCUGAAUCAUUCAGAUGUUCAUUGGCAAACUUCAGAUGGCCCUGUAUAUGUUCUUUCUUGAGCAGGGGGACCUUGCGGGCGCUGCAGGAUUUCAGUCCUUCACGGCGUAGUGUGUUACCAAUUGUUUUCUUGGUGACUAUGGUCCCAGCUGCCUUGAGAUCAUUGACAAGAUCCUCCCGUGUAGUUCUGGGCUGAUUCCUCACCGUUCUCAUGAUCAUUGCAACUCCACGAGGUGAGAUCUUGCAUGGAGCCCCAGGCCGAGGGAGAUUGACAGUUCUUUUGUGUUUCUUCCAUUUGCGAAUAAUCGCACCAACUGUUGUCACCUUCUCACCAAGCUGCUUGGCGGUGGUCUUGUAGCCCAUUCCAGCCUUGUGUAGGUCUAUAAUCUUGUCCCUGACAUCCUUGGAGAGCUCUUUGGUCUUGGCCAUGGUGGAGAGUUUGGAAUCUGAUUGAUUGAUUGCUUCUGUGGACAGGUGUCUUUUAUACAGGUAACAAACUGAGAUUAGGAGCACUCCCUUUAAGAGUGUGCUCCUAAUCUCAGCUCGUUACCUGUAUAAAAGACACCUGGGAGCCAGAAAUCUUUCUGAUUGAGAGGGGGUCAAAUACUUAUUUCCCUCAUUAAAAUGCAAAUCAAUUUAUAACAUUUUUCACAUGCAUUUUUCUGGAUUUUUGUUGUUGUUAUUCUGUCUCUCAGUGUUCAAAUAAACCUACCAUUAAAAUUAUAGACUGAUCAUUUCUUUGUCAGUGGGCAAACGUACAAAAUCAGCAGGGGAUCAAAUACUUUUUUCCCUCACUGUAUGUAUUGCAUAUUUAUUCAGACAUAAUGCAAUCAAUUACACCUUAGGGACACACCACGUGUUUUAUGUGCCAAUUUGAACCCCUGCUAAUAUUCCUUCACAGUCCAUUUCUCUGGAUUUCUGGAGUACUCUGACCGACCAUUUGAGACCACCAGCCAUCUGAAGUACCCUUGAAUUAUGAAGCUUGGAAGAGGUAAGAUGUAGCCUAUGGCACUCUAAGAUAACUGGUUUUCAUAUGUGGCUUCAUAAACAAUGAAUACACCUUACCUUACAGACGUGACUGUGUGGCCUGGAGCUGGGUAUUCUGACCAUGAGGAAGGGAGAGUUCUCUUGUUUUCUCUUCCUGCCUGAGUACGCCUAUGGAGCGAUGGGCUGCCCUCCACACAUUCCUCCUGUAGCCACUGUGCUCUACGAGGUGCAGGUCCUCGACUUCCUCGACUCAGCCCAAGUGGAUGAGUUCUUCUCAAUGAGUGUGGUGAGGACACUAGGGGCCUUAUUUAGUCAGGGCUGUAUCUCACAACUCAAUCAAAACUAGUUAGAGUUCCGUCAAGUUUGGUGGUGAUAACCUCCAGGACCAGGGAAUUUUUGUAACAGAUAAUGUCAACCUACCUAGUGGAAGUAGCUAAUAUAUAUUAUUGGGUUAAAUAGAGAUGCAAAAACAUGUUGUGGUGUGCCAUUUUACGUGGACUGAAGUGACUAUUUCUGGUCAUGCAUCUCUGCUUACUGGGGAUUAGUUGUGACUUUGUUGGCUGCCAUUCCCAAACCCCUCUCUCCCGCCAGGUGGAGCACAACACUGUUCCUCUGUCCAUGCUCCUCAACGUGGUUGACACAGAGCGCAGAUUUGGCAACCACUGCUUCAACCAGAGUCGCUUCGAGGAUGCCAAAGAUCGCUACAAGCAGGUAGCGUCAGCAAAACAAGUCUUAUGUCGUAAAUGUUAUGUCCUCAAAUGAACCCCUUCAUUUUAGUUUCAGCAUUAUUUUAUGAUGAAGCAUCACUUCAACUUUCCAUGUAUGUGAAUAAAUGAGAGGAAUGAUGGUGAUUGUGAUGCUUACAUUUUGGUUCCCUGUCAUAAGUGUUGAGUUUCAUAAGCACACUGUCGUGUGUGUGAUAUUUGACAAGCACACUGUCGUGUGUGUGAGUGCGAAUAGUGUGUACACGCACUACUGUGUCCACAUACAAGUGUAUGUGUGCAUGUGAUAGAAAGAGUUUCUGUAUUGAUUUAUACGUAUAACCUCUCCUUGUGUCUGGCCAGGCGGAGGGCGAGGACGAGAAGAGGAGCAUCGUGGCGGUGCAGCUGCCCAUCUACCUCAACCUGUCGUUGACCCAGGUCCGCCUGGACAGGCACCUGAAAGCCAUGGAGUACGGCCACAAGGCCCUGGAAAUCAACCCCAACAACACCAAGGCCCUUUUCCACUGUGGUCAGGUCAGACCCUCAGGGUGGGGGAAGUCAUAUUCUUGUCAAUAAGCUGGGUUCAUGUGUGUGCCUACAGUAUAUGUGAUUGUUUUUGGCACCAUGGUUUGUGCUAUGGAUAUGAGGUGAGCUAAAGGGGAUCCACACACAAAUGUUAUCUUUAUUUAGUAAGAAAACAAAUAUUUCAGGUGGUGCAUUUACUAUGACCAUAUGACCAUAUGUUUAAUGGAUAACCACUGCAUGUAAUUAAUAGCGUCUCAAAAUGAUCCUAAAACGUACAUGUUCCCAUUUUCACACAUUUGAGUUUUGCAAGCUCACUUGUGGAAAGAAUCAGUCACAGGAAAGAUCUCAAUUGUAUUCUCCUCGCAUCCUCUCGCCUCAUCUCAUUCUCAAAACCCAUUGCAGGAGAAAGCCAGAGGUCCCGCCCCUCUGACCUUCUCCUCCAAUGGGUUUUGAGAAGGAGACGAGGAGAGGACGCGAGGUGUAGCAAUUGAGAUCUUCCCACAGAUGUUUCAACCAGAGGGUUUUCCUCAGGCCUAUUUGGAGUUGUUUGACUAUGAGAAAGCCCAGGAUUACAUCACGAUGGCUCAGGCCAACAAAGCUUUUGACAUCGAUAUCAACAAUCUCCUGAGGAAGCUUGCCAUGUAAGAUAAUAGUUCUGACAUUCGGGUUUUUUCCCUAGCGACACAUGACUCAACUAAAUUAUUGUUAUUUUUGCAGACGCUACAAGGACUGUUUGGACAAAGAGAAAGAGAUGUGCUCCAAGAUGUUUGCAGACUUUGUGAAGAAGUGA